AUGACAACGACACAGCGCCUCUCACCGAGGGCGGAACGCUCGCUGGACUCUGCAGACGACGCUCUCUCGCAAGAUGAUUCCUCGGACAUUUCAAUGGAACCUGACAGCCUGAGGAAAUUCUACCAUGAACAUUGCACAUAUUUACCGGCAAUGUUGGGAUGGUUUGCCUUUUCUGCCCUUCUGACUGCCUACAACAAAUAUGUCUUUGGAGAUGGGCAUAUGGCCUUUCCCUGUCCUCUCUUUUUAACGUCCCUUCAUUUCUUGGUGCAGUGGACCGUUUCGCAUUGUGUCUGUCAAUAUUUUCCGGAGACAAUGGGUAGAAAUUCAGUUAGUGAUUUGGAUUGGAAAACCUGGGCUCUCGUUUCGAUUCCUUGCGGGUUUGUAACUGCAUUGGAUGUUGGACUUUCGAAUCUAUCACUGGCGAUCAUUACCAUUACCUUUUACACCAUGGUCAAGUCUUCGGCCCCAGUCUUUGUUCUCGCAUGGGCAUUCGUUUUCAGAAUUGAAAAGAUUACCCUAAGAUUAAUUGGAGUCGCUGCUAUCAUUGCCCUUGGAGAGUUUGUCACCGUUGCGGGGGAAAUCGAUUUUGUUUUGAAGGGGUUCAUCUUGUGCUUAAUAGCAACGUGUUGUUCCGGAGCACGAUGGACUUUGGUCCAAUUGAAAUUACAAAAUAUGCAACCACCCAUGAAAAGUUCGAUUGCUACCAUGAGACUGCUAUCACCGAGUAUGUUCUUUGGCAUGUUGGUUAUGAGUUUUGCGAUUGAACAACCAUGGAAUGACUUUGCCCAAAUGGAUUCGAAUGCCUUGUUGCAGGUCUUGCUACUAGGUCUUGGUGGAGGUACAAUUGCCAUUGCCAUGAUUUUGUGUGAAUUUUAUCUGAUCCUUGAGGCCUCGGCCGUCAUUAUGAUGAUUGGUGGUGUGAUCAAAGAGAUGGUCACCAUUAUGAUCGGUGUCUCAGCGUUUGGGGACGACUUGAAUGCAACCAAAAUUAUUGGUAUGUGCAUAGUCUUUUCUGGUGUGAUCGUAUACAAAAUUUCAUUUCAUCGCGAGAAACAAGAGGAAGAGGCUGAUGGAAUCUACCAACCGAUUGUGCAAAUUUCUGAAAUUGAAGCAGAAGCAGAAGAAAUGGAAGAGGUCCGAGACAGCUCGGCUCGAAUAACGUGA